AUGAGAGUCAGAGUGGAGUUGGCGGGGAUUAAGUCAUACUCCGAGAGCCUUGGAGUUGGCAGAGGGGAAAAAAAUCCUCGGGAGUUUAGUCGAGUUGAAGAGGACAAGUGUCAGCCCAAACCUCACGACUCCUUGCAAGUGUCAGCCGGCACUUCUGACACUAAGCAAGUGUCAGCCGAACCUCACGACUCCUUGCAAGUGUCAGCCGGCACUUCUGACACUAAGCAAGUGUCAGCCGAACCUCACGACUCCUUGCAAGUGUCAGCCGGUACUUCUGACACUAAGCAAGUGUCAGCCAAACCUCACGACUCCUUGCAAGUGUCAGCCGAACCUCACGACUCCUUGCAAGUGUCAGCCGGCACUUCUGACACUAAGCAAGUGUCAGCGGAACCUCGCGAUUCCUUGCAAGUGUCUCAGCCGGCACUUCUGAAACUAAACAAGUGUCAGCCGGGCCGCGCGACUCCUUGCAAGUGUCAGCCGGCACUUCUGACACUAAGCAAGUGGUCUCCAAUCAGCGUGUUCCGUGCUUGUGCCUCGGAGAUUUUGGAAUUUGUCUGCGCCGGUAUCACAAGGCUCGGGCCGGUCUGA